AUGAUAUUUCAGGCUCUGCCAUAUUUACUCAUUUAUCCACUAAUCUGUGCCCAGCGGAUGUACCACGACGGUAGGGGCAUCUUUGCACAGGAGCAGAUAGAGCUACAGGUCUACGAGAAUGCCACAGUUGGAAGCGUCGUGAUUCCAGACCUGCGUGACUACCUUCAGGUGUCGCCGGAUCGCCAGAUACGUCUUGGACCGGGUUCAUUGGGGUCGUUUUUCUCGCUAACCCAAAACUACACGCUGCUGGUGCAAAGCGAUUUGGACCUGGAGUCCGGUGAGCUGUGUCGAGCCGAGGAAUCGUGUUGUAGGUCAGAGGCCGUCAUCAGAGACGACAUCUACCUGAGUUACACACAUUUCACGCCCAACUGUAAGCUCAAAGCCGUCGUGCUUGCCAACGCGGGCGGUUCUACGCCACUCAAACCAAUCGGGAGGAUUGUUGUGGUGAUACGCGACCUAAACGAUCACGCACCAGAAUUUGUGCUGCCAAAGGGAGAUGCGCAUUCCGUGGUACAACGGAUUCAUAUCCCAUUUUUUGAGGGAUUCAAGGGUGUUGGUGAGAGGUUUCAGUUGCCAACAGCCAAGGAUCAGGAUUUUCUUCCCGAAAACUCGGUGGUAACCUAUUCACUCACUAAGCUUGGGGUGGCUGGGUUCUCAGAGUCCAGUCCGAAUGAAAUUCUAGCCUCCAACGAUGCUCCAACCUGGCAGUUAGUGGGUCCGUUUCGGCUUGUUCACAAGCGCAAGGAGGAUUCCUUAGCUCUGGAGGUGGCCAGAGAACUGGAUCGCGAAACUCAGUCAGAGUACGAACUGGUUCUCCACGCCGCGGAUGGUGAGGGAAAGAAGGCAAGUUUAAUCCUCCACGUCCACGUCCUGGACGUGAACGAGUACGCCCCGACCUUUGUUGGUGUGAAGCCGUUCGGUGCAGCCGAGAUUUCGGAGGGACUCGAGUCCAACACACGCGUGGUUCACCUGUACGAAAAUGCCUCAAUUCACACGCCCUUCGUCCAGGUUAUUGCUGAGGACAAAGACGCCCCGCCGGCCAAUCGAAUCACCUACAAAUUCGCCAACAACUUCCACCUGAGCGAGGCCGCUUCGGUCUUCUCAAUAGACCCCAACAACGGCCUGAUUAGGCUGGAAAAACCGCUUGAUUACGAGCGCAUUAAGCGCUACGUGCUUCCUGUGUUGGCGAUCGACGCGAGUUACGAACCCACCUUCGGCGAGGAGAAGGCGCUGACACAGGCCGCGCAGAAGGUAGCCCAGGAGAUCGCUGAGAGCAUCAAGAAGGAGCCAAAGACCUCAACCAUGACUCUCGAGGUAAGGGUCAAUGACUGCAACGAUCAUGCCCCUGAAAUUAAGUUGCAAGGCACCGUCAGCAACGCCGGUGAGGUCACGAGGACUGGCAUCGAGGAAUUGACGGUUGUUGAGAACUCGCCACCCGGCACUUCGUUGGUUUUCUUCAGCGCUGUCGAUAGAGACCAGGGAGAUGCCGGUGCCACCCAGUGUCAUUUGCUGAAUUGGACUGAAUACUUCCGAAUCCACAACUUUUCCGACUUUUUUGGCCUGGAGACAUCGAGGGAAUUGGAUCGCGAGGUGCAGCCGGAAUAUCUCAUAACUAUAGAAUGCUCGGACAACGGCAGUCCCCGUCAGUUCAGUCAGAAACGACUUCGAGUAGUCUUGCUUGACGUGAACGACGAAGAACCGUCUUUCCAGCAUCCUGUUUACUCUUUCCACGUCCUGGAGAACAGUCCGCCCAUGACUAAGCUGAUUCCUGUCAGCGAUAGCUACAAAAACCCAGUUACAGCAUUCGACAAGGACACCAAUUCCACGUUAACUUACCACCUCGAACCGUCCAUGUUGGCGGACUCGGAUCAGAGCAACAUGUUCGACUACCAGCUGUUUGAUGUGGACUCGGAGACGGGAACUCUGUACACCAAAAGCGCCUUGGACAGGGAGCAGAAGAGUAGUCACAAAUUUAGUCUUUGUGCCAACGACGGAGUCCACAAGGCCUGCACAAACAUCAUCGUGCAUCUUGACGACGUGAAUGACAACCCCCCGCUCUUCGAUAGGGAGACCCACAUCAUCAGACUUGUGGAGAACACUCAAAUCUACGAGCCGCUAAUCACCUUCAACGUGGCUGAUGUCGACAUUGGAAAUCAGGGCUUCACGUUCACAAUCGAAGCCCCACAACUAACUACCAAUGAAUCCGACUCACAAGACACCGCCAACUACCUUCAACGCUUCUUCAAUAUUCGAGACAAUAGGCUGUUUCUACGACAGCCUCUCGACAGAGAAGCUAAAGCUCACUACCACUUUUUUGUUCGGGUCGCGGACUUGCAGAAGUUUCCUUCAGGUCGUCUUCAGGAGAGCCUCUCAAGCACCACCGAGGUCUUCAUCGAGGUGUCCGACAUCAACGACAACGUGCCUGUAUUUAUUUUUCCCAACACCAGCGCAGCGAACGACGGAGGGAACCAGCUGAACGUCUCGUGUCGUGAAACGAUGGGCAGUUCCGUAGGUCGUGUCGAGGCCAUUGAUUUGGACCUGGGGCAGAAUGGAACCGUCGUCUACUCGGUGAUUCAGGGACCCGUGUCGAACGAGCUCUUCUAUCUCGACAAACAGUCCGGUGAGCUGUUUGUCAAUUCGGGCAGUCUCAGUGAGAACUGCGACUCCGUCUUUCUUCUGGUCAUCUCCGCUGACGACAUGGGACCGCCCAGCAGUAAGAAGGGUCGGCCACUUCCAGUGGAACGACUCCUGAUUCGACUGCAAGACCAGCCCACGCUGGCCGAAUACAUGUCCUUGAAUUCUCAACAACCCUCCAGCGCUCGGGGUAGCGAUGGCUCUCGUGGCGAUGCUGGCUACUUCGGUCUGCCAGCAAAGACAAUGCUGAGUGUCGUGCUGGGUGGAUGCAUCGUCUUCCUCACUGGACUGUUUCUGGCCUGGGUCAUCUUGAUGCUCAUCAGUCGGUCGAAACGACGACGCUGUGAGAGAAGCGAAGACGCUGAAUACCAGGCAGUGGCUGCGCAGUGCUUCGAAGCGGCUACUCUCCAUCCAAGCGGCAAGCACGACAUCUUUGUGCACCCCUCAGGAACUUUCGCGCGCGGACUGGGACUCACUGCAACAGCACCGGUGUUGCAGUAUACCCUCGGAGCGAAAGAGGGCAGUCUUGAACCCCGGGACUUGAAUGUGGACGAGACCGCGUCGUCGAGAGCCAGUCCGUGCGGCCAGAGCAUCGGCCCAGAGGCGGCCCACCGUCUUAGUGCCUGUGGAACUGUUGGACAAGGAGGGAGAAAACUGCUUUCAGGAAUCCUUCCCUGCCCUUCGAUCGUCCCCAGUGGUGGCAAUGCUGGUCGACUUAGUCGAGCAUCACCAUUUCACACGAAACCAACGGUCAACCUUAGUUCCAUUGAGGCAAGCUUUUUAGGAUUGUCUGAGGGCGGAGGCGGAGGAGGCAGUUUCGUUGUGGUGCCACAUGGCGACGCCUCUCCAGCGAGUAGCAUAGAGUCAACGCGGUAUCUCCUGUUUCCAGGGCUACCGGUGACUUCCGGUGCCGUCGUCAGCGUCCCUAGCACGUCGCACGCCGCCGACUCCACAACUCGAUCCGGGUUCAAGCCGUCGAAGUACCAGAGCGCAGAUCCAUCCACAGACCCACGUCGCAGAUCCCAGUACGUCCAUGAAGAGAACCAACAGACCCUUCGACAGAACCCCAACGACCACAGAUCCUGGCGUCCCUUCCUCACGCCUCCACCGAAACGGAAGUACCUCAAAGCCACGGGAAAUGACGAGAUCCUGGAAAACGUCCACUUCCUGCUGGCCGACAAUGAGUACACCUCACUUGUGAAGAACUCCGUUUCAGCACAAGGCCGCCACGGUGAGAACCAGUACCUUAUAAUCACAAGCGAUGGCGCCGAGGUAGCGCCAGUGUACAACACGAUCAGUAAGCCAGUGCCCCGUGGAUCUUCCCUUCCCCGCAACCUGCGCGAGUGUUCGAGGUCACCGGAGGUGACGGACGGUCAACAGCUGAUUCUCAAUAGGAUCGAUGAGACAGGUGGCGUGCUCCUGGUCCCAAGCGUUUCCCUUCCCUCCCACUCGCCGCUAAACAACGUGAUGCCCCCGACACCACACCCUCGAGCUGUUCGCCGCCCUCAAGAAGGCAACCCAUCCAGCACUGCCACAGCAACCCGCGUUCCGACAGACUACAUUUCUCUUGAAGAUCUGUUUAGUUCGUGUGUUUGA